AUGAAUGGUGAUGCACUUAAUCAAGACCCUUCCUCCCAGCUACCUGACUGGAAGGAGUUCUGUGAGCUUCAUGCACAAGCUGCUGCAGUGGAUUUUGCCCAGAAAUUCUGUCAAUUUUUGAGAGAAAACCCUCAUUAUAAUGUCCCCGGAGCAGAGACAUCAUUCUCUCACCAUUUUGCUGCCAACUUUUUAGAUUUCUUUAGUUUUGAGGUGAGCAGGGUAUAUGUAUCAGAUUCUCCAACAAAAUAUAAUAUUGUUCCCUUUGUUGGACUACAAAACUGCCAGGUGCCUUUAGCAAGGGAUUUUGUCCCCAGGAAAGAAGAGACCUCCACCGAGUCUUUAGACAGCAUGGACAACCCUGUCACAAAUAAAUACUUAAGCCGGACUCAGGCCCGAGUCCACAAGGUCUCCUCCUAUGGCCAUUCACGAAGCUCUGAGGAUGUUUCAGUCCAUGGGAGCUCCAAGCCGAAAUUUAAGAAGGGGUUCUCACUGAGAAACAUGAGUUUGUGUGUGUGUGGUAGACGGCAUGAAGGAAAUGUGGCACAGAAAGUCUUCUCCAGAGCCAAGUCUGGAUAAUGUGCAGAUUAAACGGUCGGAACGUGAACAUUGCACACCGGGUAACAAAGAACAAGUGGAGACACGUGAAAAAUGGACUCACAAGUUACGGCUGUCUAAAAUGCAGGCAGCCAAGAUCGAUGUUGUAGACAUUCAAAGGGAAGGAACUCUCAGGUACAUGGUAGCAGAUGACACAAACUGUGUUGGUAGCUCUCAGUGGCAAAAAUGUCGUUUGCUUUUGAGAAAAGCUGUGAAAAUGGAGGGAGAAAGAUUUCUACUUGAAUUUUAUGUGCCUCCAAAGUCCUCGAAACCUAAAGUAAGCAUUCCACUCUCUGCAAUUAUCGAGGUCGCACUACAAUGCCGCUGGAAAUGCCUGACAAGGACAACACAUUUGUUCUAAAGGUAGAAAAUAGUGCAGAAUAUAUCUUAGAAACUAUUGACUCUCUCCAGAAACAUUCUUGGGUUGCUGACAUACAGGAUUGCAUUGAUCCUGGGGAUAGUGGGGAUGACAUAGAACUUUCUUCUUGUGAGCAGGGAGCAUGUCUACCUGGCCGAGCUUCAUCAUGUAGCUGUGAGUUUCUUGCUGAAGGAUCUUACCGUCCCCUGGAUAUGUGUGGUCAGGAUGCAAUAUCUGCCACUCUUCCUGCUGCUGUAGCAUCUCAGACAAGAGGUCGAGAACAUGCCGCAUCAGAGCAUCUCAUGCACAUCCCCCUGGAGAACUUUCUCCAGACCUUGGAGAAUGCAGCUCCCAACCAUGGACCAGGUGAUGAUAGUGAGAAACCUGAAAUUAAUCUCUUUGAUUACCCUUGGUUCCAUGGGACAUUGUCAAGAAUUAAGGCUGCUCAGCUUGUGCUUGCUGGUGGAACCCGAAGCCAUGGGCUCUUUGUCAUCAGGCAAAGUGAAACCCGCCCAGGAGAAUAUGUGCUGACAUUCAACUUUCAAGGCAAAGCAAAGCACCUACGGUUAUCUCUGAAUGAGAAUGGACAAUGUCACGUACAGCAUCUCUGGUUCCAGACCAUUUUUGAUAUGCUGAAACACUUUCACUCUCAUCCGAUACCCCUAGAAUCUGGUGGCUCAGCUGACAUCACCCUGCGCAGCUAUGUUGUUCCACAGCAUUCGAUACCUGAGCCUGGACCUGCUGUUCCGAGUUUCCAGCAGCAGAGCUGCAGGACUGACACUCAAUCUCAGCACUACUUCUCCAGCUCUGGGGCAAGUAAUAUGCAGCCUGUGACUCCUCCUGACAACCCCACUGCCAGCAGCCACCCAGCAUAUCACAGAGUAGAUGGGACCCUGCCUGCCAGAAGCCGAAGCAACAGUGCAGAGCUUUUGUUAGAAUCACCAAAUGGAAGCACAGAAGACUACCAUGAUAGUGAUGGGUCUCGGAGCCGCACAAGAGCCGUCGAGAACCAGUAUUCCUUUUACUGA